AUGAUUUUGAGUCAGACUUUCGUGACUUGGGCGACAAACUUGUGCGCGGGUUUGAGACGAGGUGAACACCAGAGCUUUGCUGUUCUUGGCAAUAUUGCAGUGGACAUGACAGCUUAUGCCAAGAACCAAAACCAAAGCUUUCCUUUUGUUACACUGCCUGACUUUGGGUUGCGCGUGGGAGCCUUGGCACGUAUUGCUGGCUUGAUGAAGGUGGCCACCUUCCCUUUGGUGCAAGAAUCGGAAAGAGAAGCGUAUGAAGCCUACACCGUGGCUAACCAGGGCUGGAAAGCCGAAUCCUGUGCUGGGGAACGCGGUAUUGCAACAGAAGAGUUGGGCCCUCUUCCUCCCAUUUCUCCGGUUAUUCUCAACAUGACCCGCCAACCUUCUGUAGAUGAAGGACCUUACUUCCCAUUUUGGCAACUCUACCCUUGCAAUCCAUUGCCUACUCAGAACACUGACCUUUAUCAUUUACCCCACUACUUUGGCCCUAUGAGUCACGCAUUGUACAACCAUGAACCAGCCAUGCCACCCAGCAUUGGCUAUUGGGACAAUCCCAAUUCAACAGAUUGGCGUUUGAAGUACUUCCGCAACAUGGAUACGGUUGAUUAUCAAGAUGACCCUCUUGUGGCUGCUUUUUAUCCUGGUAAGUUUGUCUGGUGCUAG